GGCCGUUGGUAACUAGGCGACCAGGCACUUCAAAAAGGUCGCUCUCCGGAGACCGAAACCACCGCCCGCCUCCCCGACCACUCCGCCGCUUUCCGCCGAUGGAGAUCUUCCGCCUCGCCGUCUCCCACCGCCCGCCUCAUCCCGUCCCGGCGCCUCCCCGCGUCCGCCGGCGCCACCUACACCACCUCCCCGCCUCCCUCUCCCUCCCCUGCACCUCCCUCUCGCUCUCCUCCCCGCAACAUCAUCUCUCCCCCACCCCUCGCCAUCACCUCCUCCCGCCUCUCCUCGCCUCCCGAACCCCUAGCUCCAACCCCGAUCCCGAUCCCUCCCCACCCUCCGCCUCCGACGCGAAGCUCGUGCCGCUCGUCAUAUCCGUCGCGGUCGGCCUCGCCGUGCGGUUCCUCGCGCCGCGGCCCGCCGAGGUGAGCCCGCAGGCAUGGCAGCUCCUCUCCAUCUUCCUCUCCACCAUCGCGGGGCUCGUUCUGGGCCCACUCCCCGUGGGCGCCUGGGCCUUCCUUGGGCUCACCGCCGCCGUCGCCACGCACACGCUCCCCUUCGCUGCCGCCUUCUCCGCCUUCACCAACGAGGUCAUCUGGCUCAUCGUCAUAUCAUUCUUCUUCGCGCGGGGGUUUGUCAAGACGGGACUCGGCGACCGCAUCGCCACCUACUUCAUCAAGUGGCUCGGGAGCAGCACGCUGGGAUUGUCAUACGGGCUCACCAUCAGCGAGGCCUGCAUCGCGCCGGCCAUGCCCAGCACCACGGCCAGGGCCGGGGGCGUGUUCCUGCCCAUCAUCAAGUCGCUCUCGCUCUCGGCGGAGAGUAAGCCUAACCACCCGUCAUCGCGGAAGCUCGGGUCCUAUCUUGUGAUGACGCAAUUCCAGGCAGCUGGUAACUCAAGUGCUUUAUUCCUGACUGCUGCAGCACAAAACCUGUUGUGCUUGAAGCUGGCAGAGGAGCUUGGUGUUAUUAUUGCAAAUCCAUGGGUAGCAUGGUUCAAAGCUGCUAGUUUACCAGCUAUUAUUUCUCUGCUAGCAACACCAUAUUUGCUAUACAAAAUCUUCCCCCCAGAAACAAAGGACACACCUGAUGCCCCAGCAUUGGCUGCAGAUAAGCUGAAGCGCAUGGGCCCUGUGACUAAAAACGAAUGGGUUAUGAUUGGCACAAUGAUUCUUGCAGUUUCCCUCUGGGUUUUUGGGGAUGCUAUUGGUGUAUCUAGUGUUGUGGCUGCAAUGCUUGGGCUCUCCAUUCUUCUCCUGCUUGGUGUGCUAGACUGGGAUGAUUGCUUGAAUGAAAAAUCAGCAUGGGAUACAUUGGCUUGGUUUGCAGUUCUGGUCGGAAUGGCAGGACAGCUCACUAACCUUGGAAUUGUGUCUUGGAUGUCAAGCUGUGUUGCCAAGCUGCUUCAGUCUUUCUCAUUGAGUUGGCCUGCAGCAUUUUGUGUUCUUGAGGCCUCCUACUUCCUCAUCCACUAUCUAUUUGCAAGCCAAACUGGACAUGUUGGAGCCUUAUACUCUGCAUUUCUGGCCAUGCAUAUAGUGGCUGGUGUUCCUCGUGUGCUGUCGGCACUUGCUUUGGCAUUCAACACAAAUUUGUUUGGUGCACUAACUCAUUAUAGUAGUGGGCAGGCUGCAGUAUAUUUUGGAGCGGGGUAUAUUGAGCUUCCAGAUGUUUUCAGGCUGGGUUUUAUAACAGCCUUGAUUAAUACAUUGAUCUGGGGAGUUGUUGGAACCGUUUGGUGGAAAUUUUUGGGUCUCUAUUGACAGCGGCUACCAUGUAAGUUGACCAAGAUUUUCCUUCUUUUUUCUUUUAAAGGAGUCAGGAGAACUGCCAAUGAAUUAAGAACGCCCAGUAAGAAAAGCAGGAGUACAAGUGUUACAUCAAAGGAAGAUUACACACCCACAAACAACAGAAAGAAUACAACCCCACAGACAAAAGAUUUUCCUUUGUUACUCGUUGAAUUGCUCUUGCUCAUGGUUUGGAAGGCAAAGAGCGUAAUAACAUAAUAGCGGGCGUUGUUCAUGCUGGUUUGCUUGGUUGAAGUGAUCAGCUCCGUGGAGUUUCUCAGGCUGUCACGCCUGUGUUGUUUCUCGAUCUUGUACAGCUCCUCCAUUUUCUCGUAAUGUAAGUUCGUGCGGAAAUAGUAUGAAACUCCGAGUCAAUUUUGCCCCAAUAUGUUUGUUACUGUGUCACUACUUUACAGUUCGCUUUGCAUACAGCCUUUCAGCUCUCCCAAA